AUGAAGGUUCCUGUAUGGUUCACUCAAGAUCUCUUCCAAAACGCACUAAGAUCAUUUUUCCAAAACCCAGACAUACAAGUGAACAAUUUGUCCACUCAAGAUGCCAUUCCUGCUGGUGAAAACUAUACAAGUGACCUGUUUAGGACCAAAAUAGGUUAUAGAUGUGGAAAAAGUGGUAGUAAUGAUACAAUGUCUGUCAUAGUAAAAUGCGGAAACGAAGACGGAGGAGUGAAAGAAGAUUUGGCAAAAACAUUGAAUCUCUUCGAAAAAGAAGCUGAAAUGUUUGGGAAAACUUUUCCUGCAAUGUACGAAAUACUAGGAGAAUUUUACACGUUGUCUUCCAAAUGUCUCUACACUUCUCUGACGCCACAUUCGAUUAUAGUACUAGAGGAUUUGACUACUUUGGGAUUUAAUGUACUGCCAAGACAUAUUGGGUUCGAUUUGGAACAUUGUUUUUUGGUAGUGGAAAAAAUGGCACAGAUGCACGCGGCAUCGGUAAUUAUGUAUGAAAAUGAUCCUUCCAAAGUAAAAUUAUACGCUGAAGGUCUCUAUGGAAAUAAUCCUUUGACUCAUGACUGGGUAGCAGCGGGAUAUAAAGGCCUUAUAGACGCUUGUUCUAGGUGGCCAGGUUUUGAGAAAUAUGGCUACAAAUUACAAGCUUUGGGCGAGGAAGCUUUGGAAAGAGGUUUCUAUGCUCAAAAACGUAGGCUAGGAGGAUUUAACGUGCUCAAUCAUGGUGAUCUUUGGGUCAAUAAUAUGAUGUUUUCGUAUUUUCCUGAUGGCAAAUUAAAAGACAUGCGAUUUAUUGAUUUCCAAAUGAACAUCUUCACAAGUCCGGCUAUAGAUCUUCACUAUUUCAUAGCGACAAGUACUAAAAUCGAAGUGAAAAUGGACCAUAUCGAGAUUAUUUUAGAUCACUAUUAUGCCCAAUUAAUAGCUAAUUUGGCCAAGAUGCAAUAUUCCUUAGAACGAGUGCCUACUAGAGAACAAUUUAAAAAGGAUUACAAUAGCAGAGCCUUCUAUGGGUUGAUGGGUGCGGCUACGGUUUUAGCCUUCGUAAAAGCAGCUGAAGGUAGAACGGAUGCUUCAUUCGAAAACAUUAUAAAAGAUGAAAGUAAAGAAGGCUUCAGGUAUCAUGCUUAUAAUAAUGACAGAUACAGGAAGCAUAUGGAGCAUUUGUUGCCUUAUUAUGAUAGUUUUGGGAUAUUAGAUUGA